AGAGCGAAUGGUGUCCCCACGGGCUAUGAAAGAGAGGGCUGUACAUCCUUAUGCAGAGCCUGAUUCACAUGUCUUGGUACAUAUUGAUCUGUAAACACAGCGUGUGACGCCUUCACAUGCUGAUGCUCACAUCCACCAGUGAUGAUAGCAGCAGAGGAAGCCUGUACAGAACAAAACCCAUUGGCCUAUUUUUGUGCGAGAGCAACGGAACGUCAAGCUGAAUGCAACGCUGGUCGGGCAGCCGCUCUCCCUGGCUCUCCUCCUCCCUCUCCUCUCCUCUCCUCUCCUCCUCCUCCAUGGUGGUAAUCCUUGCUGACACAACGCACAAAGGACUAAAUGCAUCCUCCAGCAGCACGGCUCCUCUCCUCUUCCUCCUUCGGCUCUGAUCCUCUACAGUCAGCCUGUUUGUCUGUACAGCAGGAUGUUGUUUCUGUAAGACCGCUCGCAACUAUAUAGCACAUCUCUGGAAUACCGGCCUGGCUGUCCUACUCCUCCGCCCCCUGGAUCCCCUUCUCCUUCUUGGCCGGUUCAUUCAGGGAGCACAUCAGAGCAAGGCUUCAUCCCUGAAGAGGCUUUUUUUAAAAUCUUGCUGGUGAUAAAAGCUGGUGGGACCACUGGUAGCUUUAUUUUUUUUUCAUCACCUCAUGCAUUUAUAUAGCAGGACGUAGGAGCUGUUUCUCUCCUUCCUAUUUUUGACCGACUCUCCAUUCACUCUGCUACACAUCACUAUACCAACAGUCACUCCAGAUCUUUUGCCAGAGACACCCCUGGUGCCAUCGCUGCAGGCAAUAUCAUCGGUGCACGCCGGCUCUGCACCUCAGAAGCCUCGGAGGCGCAGCUGCUGCAGCGGAAGUGACAGCGUAGCCAGGCCACGGCCGUUGCCCUCUGCCUGUAGGCCAGGCGCCAAAAGAGGCAGCAUGGAGGUGGGCAUGCGUGUGGUGCGUGGCCUGGACUGGAAAUGGGGAAACCAGGAUGAUGGCGAGGGCCACGUGGGCACAGUGGUGGAGAUUGGGCGGCAGGGUAGUACUACGACACCAGACAAAACAGUGGUGGUGCAGUGGGACAGCGGCACACGGACCAACUACCGUACUGGCUACCAGGGUGCCUAUGACCUGCUGCUUUAUGAUAACGCUCAAAUUGGGGUACGUCACUCCAAUAUUAUCUGUGACAGCUGCAAGAAGCAUGGCAUCAUGGGAAUGCGAUGGAAGUGCAAGGUGUGCUUCGACUAUGACCUGUGCACCCAGUGUUACAUGAACAACAAACACGACCUGAGCCACGCUUUCGAGCGUUACGAGACAGCACACUCCCAGCCAGUGAGCUUGGCACCAAGGCAGAACCUCCCACGGAUCAUCCUCAAAGGAAUCUUCCAGGGAGUUAAAGUGGUUCGUGGACCAGACUGGGACUGGGGCAACCAAGACGGUGGGGAAGGUAAGGUUGGAAAGGUAGUGGACAUUCGUGGUUGGGACACAGAGUCUGGUCGCAGCGUGGCAAGUGUCACCUGGUCUAAUGGCACAACCAAUGUCUACCGAAUGGGCCACAAGGGCAAAGUAGACCUCAAAUAUGUGUCAGACGGCCAAGGAGGUUUCUAUUACAAAGAUCACCUACCAAAACUUGGGGAGCAUGCAGAAUUGCAGCGCCAGGAGAGUGCUGACGGCCACUCCUUCCAGCAGGGCGACAAGGUCAAAUGUCUCUUGGAGGUGGACAUCCUGCGACAGAUGCAGGAGGGCCACGGAGGGUGGAACCCCAAAAUGGCAGAGUACAUUUGCCGGAUCGGGACUGUGCAUAGAAUUACUGACCGAGGAGAUGUCAGGGUCCAGUACAGCAACAACAUCCGCUGGACUUUCCAUCCUGGCGCUCUCACCAAGGUGAACACUUUUGGAGUUGGCGAACUAGUAAGAGUACUGGAGGACAUGGAGAGUGUGAAGAGACUGCAGGCUGGCCAUGGAGAGUGGACAGACAGCAUGACUCCUGUGCUCGGCCAGGCUGGCAAGGUGUUGAAAGUAUAUGCGGAUGGUGACCUACGGGUGGCAUUUGGAGGUCAGACGUGGACAUUCAACCCAGCGUGCCUCUCGGCCCAGCCAGUAGAGGUGGAUGCUAACCUCAUGACAGCAGAGAACCCCAACGAAUCUGGAAGUACUGUCAUCUCAGUAUUGGAGAAGCUGCUGUCUCAGUCCACAGAACAGGACAAUCCCAGCCGGCUAGUCAUUGAGGCAGCACACGGCAGUGCCAACAAAGUGCGGGAGUUGGUGCAGAAGUAUCCUGACAAGGUGGAUAUCAAGAACCAGGGCAAGACUGCACUGCAGGUUGCUGCUCACCAAGGCCACAUGGAGGUGGUGAAGGCCCUGCUGCAGGCCAACAGCUCAGUCGAGGUUAAGGAUGAAGACGGCGACACGGCGUUACACUACACUGCCUUUGGUAAUCAGGCAGAGAUUGCACGGCUGCUGUUGAGCAAGGGGGCAAAUGUUAACAUCCUAAACAACUCCAUGUGCACGGCGCUCCACAUCGCCGUGAACAAAGGGUUCACUGAUGUGGUGCGGGUGCUGACCGAACAUUCGGCUGAUGUCAAUCUCCAGGAUUCGUAUGGGGACACACCGCUCCAUGAUGCCAUUGCUAAAGAUUUCCGAAAUAUCAUCGAGAUCCUGGUUGUGGUGCCCAACAUUGACUUCACUUAUCAGAACCACAGAGGCUUCAACCUGCUGCACCACGCUGCCCUCAAAGGAAACAAACUGUCCACAGAAAAGAUCCUUGCCCGAGCACGGCAGCUUGUGGACGUGAAAAAAGAAGAUGGCUUCUCCGCAUUGCAUCUGGCUGCUCUUAACAACCAUAGAGAUGUUGCUGAGAUCCUCAUUAAGGAGGGGCGCUGCGACAUCAACAUCCGCAACAACCGCAACCAGACACCGUUGCAGCUGGCUGUGACGCAGGGCCACACUGAUCUGGUGCAGCUGCUGGUGGCUGAGGGGGCCGAUGUCAACAUGGAAGAUGAGGAUGGUGACACAGCCAUGCAUGUGGCUCUCCUCCGCCCACAGCUGGCCAACGUUGUGCUCAGCCCCUCCGUGGGAACCAGCAGCACUGAGGAAAGCAGUGAAGGAUGUUCUUCCACAUCGCUCUACUGCAGGCUGAACUCUUCGGGUCUUCUGGGGAGUACAGAACUGAAUGUUGGCACAGCUAUUGCCUGUUUUCUAGCACACGAAGGGGCUGAUAUCAACUACGCCAACCACAAGGGCAAGAGUCCUCUGGACUUGGUGGCAGACAGCACCAUGCUGCAGCUCAUCAAAGGCUUUUCAGAGAAGCACAGGUUGCAGCGUCUGCAGGCCAUCACAUGCGGUCAGGGCCUGAGCAGCGCCAACCUGCGGCGGGUCCACACGACGCCUAACACCAUGACCAACCUGGUUCUUCCCACACCGCCUGGGCCCAGCGAAUGCCUCAUCUGCUCCGAACUGGCUCUGCUGGUUCUCUUCUGCCCCUGCCAACACAGUGUGGCCUGUGAAGAAUGUGCCCAUCGCAUGAAGAAAUGCAUCAAAUGCCAGGUCACAAUCACCAAGAAAAUUAGGCAAGACCAGACGGAGGUGGACUGCAGCCCUGGCACUGAGAACUCAGAACAGCACAACCUGCUGGAGCAGCUGCAGUCUCGCUACCGCCAGAUGGAGGAGCGAAUCACCUGCCCCAUCUGCAUCGACAACCACAUCAAGCUGGUCUUCCAGUGUGGACACGCCUCCUGCAUCGACUGCAGCGCAGCACUGAAGACCUGCCCCAUCUGCCGGCAGACCAUCCGCGAGCGGAUCCAGCUAUUUGUCUGAGCUCCUCUCAGCUCUAAACCACCCAAAGAGAAUAGUGGAGGGUGCUGAUGAGAUCUCGGCGUGGGCACAGGAGGGGAGCAGCUGUUCUGUUGGACAACCCCAGUGACCUAUAUCAGGCUGUCACAUUGUCUUACACCCACCGCCCGUGAUUGAAUAGUCACUCAGUCCAUAGGUUGCUUUACUAGAACAUGCUGUGUUACAUCGCUGAGAGUUCACUGUUUGUUACAUUUUAGGUAGUUUCCCUCUCAAGCAGUGCAGGCAGGAACAUGUCUGUCACCUUAAUUUUAUUAUCAGCACCAGAACUGACGCUUAGCUGAACCUGACAGUAAUCAGAUGAGGCUAAGUUGUGGGGUGAUGCAACCACUUUGAGUACUCUAAUUGGUAAGCUGGGAGGAAAAGUUCCCCACCUCCACUCUCCCACAUAACCUCCACCUCUUGUAAUCUGUCCUAUCUUUGCUGCUUUAAGUGGAUGUCUGUUACCCAUCAUCCUCUCUGGCUUUCUGGCCUCUUCUGUUUACAAGGCUGCACAGAAAUCAGUUCUCUUCUUCUUGCUCUUCAGCCUGUGCUGUGAAUUAUGUUUGCUCUCAUUUGUAUCAAUCUCUUAAUAAACAGUGUUAGUCUUUGCAGAGGGAGUUGGUAUAACUAAAGGCUCUCUAUAUAGUCCCCAACCACCUGUCUGUAUGCAAGGGGAAAUACACACUAUAUAUGCAUGAAGAUAUGCAUAUUGUAAAGCUGAAAACGACUGUGUUGUCAUGGGUGAUUUGUUGUUGUUGUUUUAUUUCUCUCUGGUUACAUUUGUGGUUUUUGAUGUACCUCCGAGUACAGCUUUUUAUUUAUGUGUGAAAGGUGAAACUUAUUAAUGUCUUUUUUAAUUUGGUGUUUGCUUGGCAAAAAAAUACUUUGUUUCUACUGACGUUCACCCCAAGCCUAUGUCCUCUACUCAGGGUAUCAAAUCAUUGAAAGCACUUGGGAUAUCCAUAAAGGGUUAAAGAGCCCCCAGACAUGCACACACCAUUAUAGAGCAACAAAUAGUUUUAUUGGAGGGUCACUGAAAGAAAAGGUUAAUAAUAACCAGUCAUAAAUUUGCAAUGGAAAUGCUCAUUUCACUUAUUGACCUUCAAAAUUUCCUUCUCAUUAGUGAAAUGAAUGUUUGCAGAGGAGAUUCUGCCAAAAAAAAAAAAGUCAUUAGCUUCCAAAACACACAAAGUUCUCAAAGCCUCCCAGAAGCACCAGAAGGCUUUAUUUCUGUGUUUCAUUUUUUAACCGAUAAAAUUACUUUGGUCCACCUGUUUUUGUUUUUAAUCUGACUGGUGUAAAAACCCCAAUGAGCUGCAUAUUCACAAUUCAAAAGUGGAUAUUAUGUUGUGUUACCUACCCACCAGCUGUAUUGUAAGAUAUAGAAUUCAGAAAGGCAAAAACAUGACAUCGCUGUGUUGCGUCUGUAGUUCCACAUCUGCUGUCCUAGUCUAGUCAUUUCAGAAGAAACUCCUCCCUUUCUCCUCUGGAGUUCUGGAUUGUACAUCAUCUUCAUUCUUUCUUAUGUUUUGGUGUGUUUUCUUGAAGGGCUUAUGCAUAUGAAAAAAAUCGUAUCUAUUUUAUUCUUAAUUUAAUUUUUAUUUUCUAUACUAAACUUCCAGAGACAGAAGUUUUGUUUUUUUUUGUCUUCAUUAGAUCCCAAAGUUUGGGAGAGCCAAUGUUAAAGAUGUACAUUUGAAUGUUGAAUGUUGGGGGGGAAUGUAUCCUGUCUCCCUCUGCCUUUUUUUAAGUGUAAAGAAAAAAAGAUGUAAGUGAAGGAGCUGGAGAAACUCACCGCGAGGUUUACUUCAAGGAAAGAACUUUUUCGUCAGUGCCAAAUCGCAUGAGGCUGUGCAUGGGCAUGCACGCCCAAAAUUACCUAGACGCACUAUGCUAAACCCCUCCAAGCUCAAGUGAGGGUUCAGUUAUUCCAGCAGUGUGAAGUAAACUAAAAGCAAACUUUGUGUUUUGUUUAGUUCAGAAUCAGAAGUAUUAUCUCGGCACACUCAGUUACUGGUAUUAGCAAUUGAGCUACUGGUGUUAACUGUCUAACUUUAGCAGUAGCGUUUUGAAACUCCUCAUAUUCUCAAUGAAAGGUGGUUACACACUUCCAAAAAUAUUGUCAGUCCCAUAUGGUUUGGAGCUUUUUACAGGUGUAUAUAUGUAUAUAUACAUACAUAUAUAUGCAUAGUGAGACAUUAUCAACCAAGGGACAAGUUUCUUACUGACAUUUCAGCAUUUUAAGGCUUGUCCACUGGUGUUCUCAGUGGACGCCUUCACAGGCAAAGGCAAUAAUAUUUUAGAAAAAUGGGGAGCUGUUUUAGUUUAGUUUUUUGUUUUUUUUUCUACCCCAUUAAGGAGGUGACUGUGAGGGUGGGAAGCAAUUUAUGUAUAAAAAUACUACUAAAGCAGAAAAUGUUACUAUUGGUGUUUGUACAGUUAAGCUCUUGGAGUUCUGAUGAUGUUGGCCUUACUGUCCAUUCCUCCUCUGUUGAUGUUUUUUCAGUUGUAUUCUGUACAAAAAUAUUUUGCAAUAAAUAUGGAACUGUUUUCUAAGGA